UCAUCUGCUUUCUACUCACCUCAAAAGCUGUCGGAGUUUUACGCAAUGGAGUCUGGAGCGGGACGAGGCGACGGGAUCCACCGCGCGCUUUGGAGACACAGGAUGUGUGUGUAAAAGUAGACGGACCGGGGCCAGUCAUGGAGCCUGAGCUGAACUGCAGCUCCCACUGUGAUUCCCCUCUGUGCUUCAUCCACGCAGGGGUCGACAGGCAGGAGGGUCUUGACAUUCUGCAGAGACUAUGCAGCCUCAGCACGCUGGCAGUGGAGCUCCCGAGGUGCUCGCUCUCCCCGGUGCUGAGUGCUGUGGUGUGGACGCUGCUCUCCGGUGGCAUCCUGCUGGCCUUCUGCUUCCUCCUCUUCACGCUGCGCUUCAAGAACAACAGGAUAGUGAAGAUGUCCAGUCCUAAUCUGAACAUCCUGACUCUGGUGGGGAGUCUCCUCACCUACAGCAGUGGCUUCCUAUUUGCCGUGGAUGAACGCACACACUGGCACGGUGGAGCAUCUUCGGCUGUGAUCCAAGCUCGAAUGUGGACUCUGUGUGUGGGCAGUACCCUGGUGUUCGGUCCGAUUUUGGGGAAGACGUGGAGACUGUACCGGGUUUUCACCCAGCGACUGCCCGACAAGAGAGUGAUCAUCCGAGACAUCCAGCUGAUGGGCUUGGUGGCUUUGUUGAUCCUGGUGGACCUGCUGGUUCUCACCUUCUGGAACCUCACAGACCCCAUCAGGUGUUCACGGUCUGUCGCAGCUGCUGUCCAGGUGGUGGACAGAGACGUUUCCUACACAUUGUCACAGAUGGACUCUUGCUCUUGUGUCUACUCAGAUCUAUGGGCCAUCAUUAUUGCUGUUCAGAAGGGCAGUCUCCUCCUCUACGGCACUUACCUGGCAGGGUUGACCAGCAACGUCAGCCACCCUCCAGUCAACCAGUCUCCCACAAUCAUAACCGCUGUCACCCUGGUCACCCUCUCCUCGGCCGUGGUCAUCCCUGUGUCCGUCUUCUUGCACGCUUGGCCCAACCUGGUCUACAGCACCGUGGCUGGAGCCAUCUUCAUGUGCACACUAGCCACUAACUGUAUGCUGUUUGUGCCUCAGCUCACCCAGUGGCGGCAGUUUGAAGAGGAUCAGAACAACCCGGGUCAGAUGGCGAAGUAUUUCAGCAGCCCCAGCAAGAGCCAGCCGUCUGCGUACAGCCAGGAUGAGAUCUACUACCUGCUGGGCGAGAACAACUCCAUGAAAAAACUCCUCAAUGAGAAAAACGCUGUGAUUGACAGCCUCCAGGAGCAGGUGGGCAACGCCAAGGACAAACUACUGCGCCUCAUGUCAGCCAGCCGGUCGUGCGAGGACCAGAACAUGGACUCCUCUGCCACCAACCUCAACUCCUCCUCCACUCAGACCACGGAGCUUCAGUCCGACUGCCCCUCUUCCUCUUCUCUACCUCAGAGAGUCGCUCAAUCUCAACUCUCACCUCCUCACCUCACUGCUGCUGCUGUUUCGUCACCCGGCGUUACGCUGUCGUCAGAGCGUCCCGCUGCUCCGAACUCCUCGAACCCCAGGGCGGUUUCCUCCCCGCUCCCUCAUGAUGUGUAUGCGGGUGACAAUCUAAAGAGUGUGUCGAUCCCUGGCUCUACAGACAAAGACACAAGAACAGGGGGGGAUCUCAAACAGCCCGUGUCCCUCCCGUCCACUGGAGUACCUCGGACAGCGGAGCAGACCGUCAACUUUGUCACGUCCCUACAGGGCCGUAGAGGGUUAAACCCCUUUCCAGUUGAAACUUUUAGCAACUAUGGUGGCCAAACAUCUCAGGUGAGACCGACUGGCUUUGUGAGCAGUGAGCAGUUGCAGGAGAUCCUCCAUGAGCUCAGCCUGGAUGCAGUCUUGGAAGGUGCACUUCGAUCUCCCAGUCAAUCAGCCAGGACGCCCUCGGAGUCAAAAUUCUCUGCGCUCUCGCCGCUGUCCCUGCGGACGCCACGCUCCGCUCAUCCGCCCGUCCUCUUCCGUUACCCCAGCAUCUCCCCGUACGCCAUGAGAAAACGUCGGCCACCGUUCAACUCUUCCAGAAGAGGGUUGACGCCUCCCUGCUUCUACACCGGAUGUGGGAAGAUAAAGGAAAAGUGUGAAAGGCAACAUCCAGGAGGGAACCAUGACAAGGCGACUGUGGAUGGGACCUUCCUCCAGGUUCACAACAGUGACCUUGGGCUACAGGAGGAGGAGGAGGAGGAGGUAGAAAGCCAUAAAGCCCAAAGAAAGAGUCGGAGGAGCGCUUCGAGGUGUCACAGGUGUUCAGCGUUGCACUGCACAGAAAACAAUCACACAGAUCCUCCUGAUGUGGAGGCAGGUGGGGAUAAUGAGCAGCGGCACAGACACAUUAGAGACUCCUGUGGGUACUGGGACUCCGACUCCAGCAGCUCAACAGAUUACUGCUACUACCACCGUCCGUACUGCGACUCCUGCCUGCAGCGUGGCUCACUCCUCUCCUCCUCAGACUCCUCGGACUCCUCGGACAGCGAGUACGAAGGCUUCGCCAGCCUGUACCGCUCCUCGCACCCUGUGGUGUUCAAAGAAGACCUCAAACCCACCUUUGUAUGAGCACGGGUUCACUGCACUUUACAGGGUCAUGUCUUUUUACCAUUGGAAUUCAUGUCGUACAUUUAAUUAAACAUA